AGGUAGUAGAUAAAAAAGGUUAUUUAUUUGCGUCUAUUAACUGGGAAAAAACGCAAUAAUCUACGUCCAAUCCGAGGUUAAUAAUAUUUAUGAUUUAUUUACAUGUCAGGAAGGAUUAUAGUGAUUAACUAAAUUGCCAUUUGAGCUAAAUUAACGUAGAAUUAUUGGUGAAAUAUCAAUUACGUGACAAUUAGAAAAAUAAAGCGUAGAUGUGGAUAAUGGUAAUAAUAAAAGGAAAGAAGAAGGAAGAGUGAGAGAGCGGGAGAAAAUGAAAGAACGCCAAAGUUGACAUUUUGAAAGAGGAAUAAGUAAUACAGCAAUUGCAGCAAAACCCACAAAAACGCCAAGAAUUUUCGGAGUAUAAACUAAAAUUAAAUAGAAUUUCUGUAAAAGUACAUAUUUAUUAUUUGAAAAUAUAAAAUGUUAAUUAUUUUUUCCCAUUGUCGAAUUAUGUAUAAUUUUUUGUUAAUUUGAAAAAUUAAGUGUUGUGGAAAAAGUGGGAAAAUAUUGCGACUGUAUUUGUAAGCAACAUCGCCAAGCAGCGACGUAGCCACCGGCUAAAGGCAAAAAAGUGCUAAUUAAAAAGUUAAAAAAUUAAAUAAAGUGGUAAAGCAUAUACGGUAAGAGUAAUUACGACAGCGAUGUCGGGUGGAAGGGAAUCAAACAGCAGCAAUACAAGCUCCAAUAGUACUGGAGUUUCAACAACUGCGUCCUCCACGCCCACAUCUUCGGGCCAAAAUACCAACGGCCAAAAUCAGCGCUCUCGUGGUCGGCCUGCUAAACGCGCCACUUGUACGUGGUGCGGAGAAAGUAAGCAACUAUUGCAGUACGUGUUACCUACACAGAAUGGCAAAAAGGAAUUUUGUUCAGAAACGUGUAUUGCGGAAUUUAGAAAAGCUUACAAUAAAGGCGCCUGUACACAGUGUGAUAAUGUGAUACGGGAAGGAGCGCCAAACAAAGAUUUUUGUUCGGUGAUGUGUAUGAAUAAACACCAAAAAAAGAACGGUUCUACAAGACAACAUAACAGUGGAGUUGGCAAUGGACGUGGCGAUUCGGAUCGUGGCAAAAUAUCUUCAAUCGGUGGAGGUUCAUGUACGCAAACCGGUCCAUUUCAGUAUGAAAGCUUUCAUGUUUUCGAUUGGGAUGCCUACUUAGAGGAAACUGGUAGCGAAGCUGCUCCUUCAGAAUGCUUUAAACAAGCGCUUAAUCCACCAAUUAAUGAUUUCAAAAUUGGUAUGAAACUGGAGGCAUUAGAUCCGAGAAAUGUUACAUCGACAUGUAUUGCAAGUGUUGUGGGAGUACUAGGUUCGCGGCUGCGAUUGCGCUUGGAUGGUAGUGACAGUCAGAAUGAUUUUUGGCGCUUGGUCGACUCGAAUGAGAUCCAUGCUAUAGGGCAUUGUGAGAAGAAUGGCGGAAUGUUGCAACCACCACUCGGCUUUCGCAUGAAUGCCUCCAGCUGGCCCGGUUACCUGUGCAAAAUACUGAAUAAUGCAAUGGUUGCACCGGAAGAUAUUUUCCAACCUGAGCCGGCAGGCCCAUCGGAGAAUCUCUUCAGAGUUGGCCAAAAGCUCGAGGCGGUCGACAAAAAAAAUCCUCAACUGAUUUGUUGUGCGACAGUUGAUGCGAUUAAAGACGACCAAAUUCAUGUGACAUUCGAUGGGUGGCGCGGAGCAUUCGACUAUUGGUGCAGCUACGACUCCCGGGAUAUAUUUCCCGUUGGUUGGUGUGCACGUAGUUGUCAUCCAAUGCAACCGCCGGGUCACAAAUCGCGUACCGAUUCGAGUUCGAGCAAGCACCGCAGCCCUCGGCCACGCUACACCUUCGUCCAAGAUACCGAUCCAAUGAUUCCUGCGACACCGGUCACCGCACACUUCCAUACAAAUUGCAAAGGCGGCCCAUUUAUUAAUAGCGGUAAACUACCAUCAAAGGUCACUGGACCCACUCAUCAAACCCUUGCGAAAUUAUGCCUCCAAGAAGUUCUUGCUGCCAGUACUGAUACUCAGCAACUGUCCAAACUAUUAUUCGCUCUGGAAGGGGAUGUUCAUAUUGUUCCAGCGGCAGGAAAAAAUUUCACAGUGAAAAUACCAUCACAGUUGCGCAUGAGGGACGAUGACAGUUUGGCACAAUUUAUUGAGACAUUAUGCACGACAUGCAGAACAUGCCCUAAUCUCAUAUCCUUGGUACCAGCAACUGAAGAGUGUGAAAAAUGUGUUAUCAGUAAGAAGCGCCUAUCGUCACAGAAUACACCGCCCACGUCGCCAGUAAUACCUGAAAAACGUAAAACACUCAGCGUGUUAAGUGACAAGCCCCAUAUUAUCAAACAAGAAGCACCCACAUCAACAACCACUUCGUCGCACAUGGUGGACUCGCCAUCGGCGCCAGUAAUGGUUGCUGUAGCCGGUAGCAUUCCGAAAACUGAUGCGGAACACAAAUUAUCCGUCAAUAAUAAUAACAUGCUACCAGUUCAAAUUAAAGUCGAACCAAAUACAAAUGGUACAUCUUCCAUUGCAUCGCAAGGACAUUCUUUGAGACAGAUUCGACUGCAUCAUUUAAACAAUCCAGACGACAGUAAGCCAAUAUCAAAUACCACAUCCGCUGGAGCAACUUCGACCAACUCCAAUGUUAAGUAUCUUGCGCCACUUGUGGCUGAGGUGCAUCCAGAACAAUCAAGUGUUGUCAACACUGUUAUUGGUUCAUCAACGUACAAAUCACCUUCGACACUAUCGUCGAGCGCGUCCUUACCCACAUCGGUUUCCACACCAUUCAGCGGUUCGCAGUCAGCUUCAUCGACAGCGGCGGCUGCUGCUGGUGCGGUAGUUUUCUCCACGGGAGCACCACCACCUUCGGCGGCAUCAACAAUAAGUUCCGCCGCUUUACCACCUCUUCGAUCACAUCCCGGUGAUUGGUCUAUUGAAGAAGUAAUACAAUUCAUCGAGAGCAAUGAUAGUUCGCUUGCUGUACACGGUGAUCUAUUCAGAAAACACGAAAUCGAUGGGAAAGCAUUGCUGCUUCUAAAUUCAGAAAUGAUGAUGAAGUAUAUGGGUCUGAAAUUGGGACCAGCCUUAAAGAUAUGCAAUUUAGUGAAUAAGGUUAAUGGUAGGCGUAAUAAUAUGUCAUUAUAAAUGUGGGUUAAAGGGAAGAAGUAGUGAAGAAUUUCGAAAACGUAAGAAGCGCUAAUAUAAAUUACGAGAUGUGUAGUUGUAGGGUUUGUAGGCACUCAUAUAUAUACUCGUAUAUAUAUCCAGUUGAGAAUGACUAAAACUUACAUAUUAUAUAUUGGGAAUGUUAGAAAAACUUACAAAGAAUUGGAGAGCGCACUCCAAACGUACACAAUAAAAAUUGUUAGGAUAAUUUCCAUAACAUGGGUACCUUUAAAUAUAUUUGAAUUAAUAUACAAAUAAUAUUAAAAUUAAGUUCUGACAUACACUAUAAAUUUGCAAGAGCAAUCGGUUUUAAUUUUUUACAUUUCAUAUAUUUGCUUACAUAUUUUUUAUAAUAUGUAUAAAACGCAUUUUUAUAAUGAAUGCUUGUAUAUGUGUAUUUGUUUAAUAAAAAUAGAAAACUAUAAGUAAUGGAGGAAAAAUAAGCAACAUACAUAAAAGGUGUAUGGCGAAAUUGUCGCAAAAGCACAACAAGGACAUUAAGAAUGUUAUGUAAAAAGGAACCAUUAUUUGAUUAUAAAGAUUUUUUUUUAUAAUUUAUAUAAAGACACAUCUAAAUAAUUAACCUGUAAUUCUUUGCACCCAUAAAUAAAAAAUCCUUAAAUUUUUAAUAUGUGUACAUACAUA